CGCUCCACGCGACCCCGCUCGCGCUCGCCGCCGCUCCAAUGCCCGCCCAGAAGCGCCCGCCCGCACCCUCCCUCUCCGCGGCCCCUGGCGCCGGCUCGCCCCCUCCCGUGCCCUCUCCGCCGCCGCCUGCGGCCGAGCCCGCGGAGAAGAAGCCCAAGCUGGAGGAGAACGGCGCCGAGGCCAACGGAAACGUCAACGAUUCCGGCGCGAAGGCGGCGGCGGCGGCGGCAGCGUCGGAGUCGGAGUCAGAGUCGGAGGACGCGGACGCCGUGAACCAGGAGUUUAUUCCAGUGAAAUUGGCGGACAUACGCAAAGAAGUGCAGUGUCCCAUAUGCUUAGGCAUUAUCCGGAAGACUAGAACAGUUAUGGAGUGUCUGCACCGGUUCUGCAGGGAAUGCAUUGACAAAUCCAUGCGACUUGGGAAUAACGAGUGCCCAGCAUGCCGCACACAUUGUGCAAGUCGGCGUUCUUUGAGAGAUGAUCCCAACUAUGAUGCCCUGAUUGCAGCUCUGUACCCAGAUAUUGACAAAUAUGAAGAAGAGGAACUAGCCUUCAACGAAGAGGAGAAUGAUCGCAAUAAACAGAUUCAAGCAUCCAUUGCCGAGGCUUUUCGGAAACAAUCAGAAGUUAUUGGGCGGAAGUCUACUGCCAAAGCUACUGCUGCCGCAUUUGUAAGAAGAUCACGCCGCAACAUUCGGGCCAAUGGGCAUAGUACCUAUUUUCGUGGUAGAGGAAGAGCCAGUUCCGAUGAUGUUGCACUGGCCUGUUCUGAUGAUGAAGAGGAUGGAAACGGUCAAAACUUGGGUAAAGAGGAGUCCUCUGCUGAGGAGAGUUCCCCAGAGAAAAAGCAGAAACGACCGCCGAAAUGGCCAACACCACGUUCUUCACCUGCCCGAGCAGCAUGCAGUGAAGAGGCUGCUUCUGAUGAUAAGGACGAUGUAGGAAUCUCUAGAGAAAAUUUUAGCACAUCUCCGCUGCGAGCAUGGGGAAAGAAUGGUACUCGCAGUCAGACUCGAUACAGUAGCUUUAGUGGUUCAAAUGGCAGGGUGGUCAAGGGUGGGCGCAUGAUCAAGUUGGUUGAGUGUCUGCGAAAUUCUGAUGACAAUGAUAGCGAGCGUGACAUACAUCUUUGUUUGCUUCCACUGGAUGGACAAACUACACCAAAUCUAGAGAAGCCAUAUCUGUGUUGUGGCCCAACUCUCUCCAUCAAACAGCUUUGUCAGUUUGUCGCCAGUCAGACAUCUCACAAGGAUGAAGAAGUUGAGAUCUACGCACGGAAGCCUUCCUACAACGACCUUGUCAGCACUAACACAUCCGGUUUUGAUAAGGCAAGGCUUGUAGGGGAGGAGCGCCUUUCAGACUUGCGAUCCUCAUUCACAUUUCCCAAUGGGGUUCUGGAGCUGGUCUAUGCCAUCAAAGUCGCAAACUAGGCAUUGAAUAAAGUGGGCCAGUUGGUUCAAAUUGAAGGAUUUUGUUUAUAGAUAUCAGGAUAUGACCCUUUUGGUGACUCAGGGCUUUUGUAUACGAUUAAGGACUCAAAAAACCUUGUGAGGAUAGUUGGGGUAUAAUUACCUUGUGAGAUGUGAGAUAAAUGUGUGCAGGUUGUUGUCAAUUAGUAGUUUUCAGAUGAGUCAGGUUCACUUACAUAGUUGAUUUGUUUCAACUUGUGGGGUUAAUAUUAUUUUGUGCAGACGGCAGCCCGUCCGUGCUGCGAACGGCUCCCUGAGAUGUAACAGAAAUUAGUUUUUGCGCUCCUUGUAUGACACAUGGUCAAGUUGUGUUGUAUUUA